AUAAGUGAUGUUUGGCGAGCUCUUAAACAACUUAUAAAUUGAUAUUUACAUAUAUUUUUUGGCUUAUAAGCUAUUUAUAAGCCCUGCACAUAGUCUUACAGUUAUAGCAGUUGCUGCAGCUAUGGAAGAUGCAGAGAGUGUUGUUGCAGUGAAGACGCCAGAGAACAAUGCGCAACAAAAGGUUGCGAAAUCGACAUGGAAUGAGUUUGCGGCAGAGGCUAAGCUGAUCAGUUUGAUUUUUUUGCCAAUGGUGCUUGUUACAACCUCGCAGUAUUUAUUAAGAUUUGCGUCCACUUUAAUGGUUGGCCAUGUCGGAAAGCUUUAUCUCUCUGGGGCUGUCCUGGCCAUGUCUUUCACAAAUGUCACCGGCUUCAGUUUUCUUUUUGGAAUGGCGAGUGCAUUGGAAACAUUAUGUGGUCAAGCUUAUGGCGCAAAGCAGCACAAAAAGCUUUCGGUGUACACGUAUGGAGCCAUAAUAUCUCUGCUUUUACUCUGCAUACCAGUAGCUAUUCUAUGGAUAUUUAUGGAGAAAUUCCUGAUCCUAAUCCACCAAGACCCUCUAAUUUCACACGAAGCCGGAAAGUUUUCAAUCCGGCUCAUACCAGCAUUAUUCCCAUACGCAAUUCUUCAACCAUUGGUUCGAUACCUGCAGUCUCAGUAUUUGAUUCUUCCUCUGCUUGUGAGCUCACUAGCAACUCUGGCUUUUCAUGUCCCGGUUUGUUGGGCAUUUGUGUAUAAGUUUAACAUGGGAAGUGAUGGAGCAGCUCUGGCUAUGGGUCUAUCAUAUUGGUUCAAUGCAAUUUUUCUUGGCCUUUAUGCCAUGUAUUCACCCAAAUGUGCUGAUACUCGUGCUCCCUUCUCUAUGGAGGUUUUUGGUACGAUCAAGACUUUCUUGCGGCUUGGCAUCCCAUCUGCUCUCAUGAUUUGUCUCGAAUGGUGGGCGUAUGAGGUAGUUAUAUUUUUUGCCGGGAUUAUGAAAAAUCCGCAACUGGAGACUUCAGUACUCUCAAUAAGUAUUACGGUUGCUGUCCUGCAUUAUUUUGCUCCGUUCGCUCUCGGUGUUGCUGCAAGCAUUCGUGUUUCAAAUGAACUAGGGGCUGGAAAUCCAAAGGCUGUCCGGAUGACUGUCUGGGUAGUUAUGGUUCUUGGAGUUAUUGAGGUGAGCAUUUCCGCGGCAGUACUUUUCUCCCUUCGCCAUGUUCUAGGACGUGCAUUUGUGAGUGAUAACCAAAUUGUGGACUAUGUUCGGAGAAUGACUCCGUUUAUAUGUCUCACCAUGGCCUUGGACAGCAUUCAAGGAAUACUUUCAGGAGUUGCAAGAGGAACCGGGUGGCAGAAACUUGGCGCUUAUGUGAAUCUCGGAUCAUAUUAUCUAGUCGGUAUUCCAGUGGCUCUACUAUUAGGUUUUCUGGUGCAUUUGAAGGCCAAGGGUCUUUGGAUCGGUUUAGUUUCAGGAGCUCUGGUGCAAAGUAUUCUGCUUGCCAUUAUAACAAGUUUUACGGAUUGGAAAAAAGAGGUAGAGGACACUAGAGUUCGGGUGCAAGAAGUGAAAGUCCCAGAUGAGAAGUGAGAAAAAGUUUUGAUAUCAGAUUCACUGCAAGUGUAGAAGACCCGGAACGAUGAAAUUGUCUGUCGUCUUCAUUAUUACAUGUACAUGUAUUUCAUAACAAAUUGCAAGAGUGAAUCAAAAGGGUGUUAAAGUUUAUACAA